UAAGUUAACUUCAUUGAAAUCAUUUGACGGUUUUAAAGUGUCCAAUUUGACAAGUAACCACGCCACUUGGAGGAUUGCGCACGGAACUUGGCUCGCGAGUCUCGACGUGGAACUGACAACGUGAACUUUUCGCCGUAAAAGCCGUUUCUCUGCGCUCUGCGCGGAGCUUCAUUGUUCACGGCAGUUGUUUUGUUCUCGUAAUGGCUGGUCCGUGUCAGUGUGUGUAAACGUUUCUUUCUCCCCGCACAGACACACUCUCUGGCUCGUGCGUGUGGGGCUGAAACACGGACGCGAACGCUUUAUUUAUUUUUUUUUCAUUUUUCGUCGACGUAACUUCCACUUUUUUUUCUUUUUUUUUUUGUCAACGGGACUUUUGGUGAAAACGCUCAACACGUUUAUCGUCGCGUGAGAACGUGGACAGCAGCGGCAUAUGGUACACGUUGGUGACGUCACACUGGUCAUUGGACCAUAGCGUGCUUUAUGUCCGUGUUGUUGUUUUGUACUUCUUGUAAACUACUUAGUUCGUUAUCGAUGCCCUGCUCACCAUUGAAUGAAUGGGCUUUUAGGUGCGCAUGCGUGCAGGAUCUCAAAAGUUUAUAAACAAGAGGGGAGUCACAUGACGAGAAUAUUGUGACAUAGAUAAGACUGGAACACCCCCUUAUCAUAUGUACAUGUUUCGAUUUCAUCGUGUUGUAUCCAAUAAUAACCAACAGACAGGGAAGUGGUCGGUAGACCGGAGCUCUGAGGGCGCCUCGGUGUAUUAUUAGAUAACCGGCCCUGUGUUACCUUGUGUCACUCUAUGUCUCCUUUACGUCACCCUGGCCAUGUAGAGCCCAUACGUUGCGCAGGAUCAAGUUCCUGCGCACGCGCGCGCGUGUGUGUGUGUGUGUGUGCGUGUCAGUGGGUGGUCAUGGGAGUCUGGUAAUGCUGUUUAGCUUUACCUUUCCGGCGGACGCGAUGGUUUGGGAGGUGGUGACCCCUGCGGUGCUGUCCGGUGACCGCGCACGUCAGAGCGGGCGGCAUUCAGAGCCCGAGGGCGGGCACGCAGAAGUGAUGAUGGAUGCAGAUGGGGACCAGUCACAUGACCUGCUCCUCUGUGAGGAGCGCCUCUCCUCCUCCCCUGGCUUCCCCACCAGUGACAGCUACAUGGAAUACGACGACCUCCCAGACCUGCAGGAGGUUCGGGAGGAGGCGGAGCCAGCGGCGCCCCCCAUCUACCAGGUGGACGUGGGCGUGUCGCACCAGGAGCGGCAUGCGCGCGCUCAGCCUCCGGACACACACUGGCUGACCCAGCUGGCUCACAUCGCCACCGGACCUCAGAGCCCCCUGCUGCGAGAGAGUCCCGUCAGCAGCUCCUCACCGGCCUGCCUCUCCAGCACCAGCAGCAAUCUACAUUCCUACGCCCGGCCUCCCCUCCCUCUCACCCCGUCGCCCCCCAGAGGUCACGGCAGGAUACGCCGGCGCACCAGGAAGAGUAGUGAAUGUGGUUCUGCGGUGUCGACCAGAUCCUCUCUGUCUGAUGAGGAAGACAUGGGCUGGAGCUUCUCCUGUCCACCCACGGCCUGGCACUGCUUCCUCAAAGACAUCAAUGGGAGUUUGUAUUCGGGCCUAUCGUUUGUAUCUCAGAGCAGCUUUUCUUCGCCGCCAGGCACUCGUCUGCGUUUCCACCGCGGCUCCAACGUGGAGUGGCAGGACGUGGAGGGCCUGGUCUCGGCCGAGGAAGACUCCGGUGUUGAGGAGCGGUCCGGGUCUCUGAAGAGUUAUGGCUGCGAGGGUCUGCAGCUGGUGGAGCAUUCAGAGACUGUGCUGUCUGGUCAGGCCGUCCUUCAGCUGACCUUUGACCCCGGCGCAUUCGGACAUGCCGCCAUGACCGCCCGGUGCCAACUUGACCACCCCUUCUACGUGAGAAAGAAAGGCUGGUCGUCAUUUCACCCGAGCUUGACCGUGGUGCGUUAUGGGAUACCGUGCUAUGAAAUGGAGGUGGGAGACGUGUGCCUCCCUCCGGGACACAGAGACGCCAAACACACCGACAACUCGCUGGUGUUCGACACAUUCAGGAGUUAUGAUUUCACUCCUCUGGACUCCUCUGCGGUUUACGUGCUGAGCAGCAUGGCGAGGCGGCGGCGCGCCUCGCAGUCCAGCGGGGGAGCCGCUUCUCCAGACAGAGACCCAUCACAAGAUGGUCCCGGUCACUCCCACUCUCCUCGUCAAAAGCCAACCAAAAGCCAGCAAGCCAGCGUGGCAGGAAGCAACAAUGCCACGCCCACUAGGUGCAAGCGGCCAAUGAACGCCUUCAUGCUGUUUGCCAAGAAGUUCCGGGUGGAGUACACUCGGAUGUACCCGGGCAAGGACAACAGAGCGAUCAGCGUCCUCCUUGGGGAGCGGUGGAAGAAAAUGCGAAGUGAGGAGCGACGGACGUUCACUGUGCAGGCCAAAGCCCUCGCAGACGAGCAGAAAAGAAUCAACCCAGACUGCUGGAAACGCAAACGAACCAACUCUGGCUGUCAGGGAAAUUAAGGCUGCAGACAGGAAGAGAGAACAGUCUGUAGGAGAGCGCACACGCACACACACACACACACACACACACACACACACAGAGUGCGCUGCGUGGUCUAAUGUGACGCCUCGAUACUCUAUCUCGUUGACAACAGAGUGAGACGGCCUCACGGUAAAGAGAGCAGCACUUUUGCCCUUUCUGUCGACAUUUUGAGCCUCCCAACAAACGCCUCUCCCUUCCUCUUGCUUUUAAAAGGU